ACAACAGGCGUCGUCCGGCUGGUAGCUUAUCGCAGGCUCUGAGGGGCGGGACCCAACUGAUUGUCAAAGGCGGCAGAUUGUAGUUUUUGUUUUGGCCGGAAAGGCUUACCAUGAAUUGCCAGGGCUGAGAGAGAUGGAGAAGGAUUCGCGGCGGUGACAGAUUAAAUUCCACAGUUACAUUAUAGACUUGGAAGUGGGGGAUCUUCUCAUCGUUAGAGGCCCCGAUCAUGGGAGAUAGGCGGUUCGGAGCCAGUCCUGCCUAACUUUGUGUUCACUGAUGUUAGGGCUGCUAGGGCUGCAAAGGUGGGCACCCCUACUCGUCUAAGAGCUUUCUCCUCUCUUCUCUUUUUCCCCUUUGCCUCUCUCCUUACAUCACCUGCCCACUAAGUAGACUUGUCCUUGUGUGGACGGGAGCCGGAAAGCCUUGAGAACUUAUUCCUCGACCCGGACAUGGCACAUGAGAAAAUGAAACUAGGUUUCAAGUCGCUGCCGAGUUCCACUACCGCAGACGGCAACAUUCUGAGAAGAGUCAACAGUGCCCCUUUGAUCAAUGGACUUGGCUGCUUUGUCACCUCUGACCUUCACCUCCAGCCGCUUGAAUGGAAAUGGUUGUCAAGCAAAUAAGCUUUGGACUUUUUUACAUUUUUUUUUCUUUUUUUUUUUGAGACGGAGUCUUGCUCUGUCGCCCAGGCUGGAGUGCAUUGGCACGAUCUCAGCUUACUGUAACCUCCGCCUCCUGGCUUCAAGCAAUUCUCGUGCCUCAGCCUCCCUAGUAGCUAGGAUUACAGGCGCCCACCACCACACCUGUUUUAAUUCACAGGUGUUGCAAGCUGACAUGUUAAGAAUUAGGACAAACAGAACAACGUUUAGGAAUCGACGCUCUCUGUUGUUGCCACCUCCUCCCUUUCAUGGUUCCAUCAGCCGCCUUCAUCAAAUCAAACAGGAAGAAGCCAUGGAUUUAAUAAAUAGAGAAACAAUGUCUGAAUGGAAGCUACAAAGUGAGAUACAGAUAAGUCACUCUUGGGAAGAAGGCUUGAAACUGAAUGACAACGGCUUACAGAAAUCAUCCUCUCUAAAGUGCAUUGAUUUAACUCCAGUAUCCUCAAUGGCUUCUUCCAUCAAGAAGACUGGGAAGCAGUGUUUCUCUCCAUCAUUACAAACUUGUGUGAGUUGCACUGGUUCGCCUUCAAGUCCUAUUCCCAGUCCUAUGCAACAAUAUAUCAUAAGAAGUCAAAAUCCUACCAACAUUAUUAGACCAAGUAUCCUUGGACCAUUAAAAAGAAAAGGUGAAAUGGCAUUUCAAUAUCAACCAAAAAAGAUUUUCCAAGGCACAACCAACAUGCUUUCUUCUGAUACUUCCCAACUGUCAGAAAAUAAUGUGUGUCUACUUCCAGCUACUUUUGAUGGAAACGACAGCAAUGCUGGAUCUUCUGGUAAUUCGUCAGCUGAAAUCGGCACUGUCACAAACUCUCCUGUGUCACCUUCUGAUACUGGUUCUCAUUUGUUCUAGUAGACGAACUUUCAACUAAAUGAUUCACCCAUCCCAAGACUUUCUCACCAGUGGAGAAACACACACAUCAAGCAAACCAAGUCAGAGCAAUGAGAAUUGUACUGUAUAAUUUAAACUAUCUCCUAUUUAUCUUUUUUCCUCAAUUUCCUAAAAUUCUAUUUAUCUACAGAACUUGCGUGUAUAAUUCUUGUGUACAUCCUUAAAUUUAAUGUAAUAACAUGUUAAAGAUGUUUUCCAAAUAAGAACCAUGUUGAAGAUACAAGCGUAAAUUGUUAGGCUGCUAUUUUCUAGAAAAUGCUGUACCUUGACUUUUUAAAAUAAUCUUAUGAAACAUAAUUCUGAUAAAAUAUAAUUGUUCAAUUAACAAAGUAAAA